AUAUAUUUAAAUAAAUUAGCCAUCCUAACAUAGUUAAAAUAUUCAAAUAUUUUUCAGAGUAAAAGUGCAUAAAUAAAUAAAAAAAGAUAAACAAAAGAUAUUUUUAUGAAAAAGAAUUAUUUUAAAAGUAAAAUAGAAAAACUCAUUUAGCGAAUAAAUAGCAUCAACAUAUACUAAAUAUAAAUAGAUUUUUUUCUGCAAUUUCAUAUUGUAAUUUGAACGGAAUAGUACAUAGAGAUUUAAAAAUCUUAGAAUAUACUUUUUGAAUCUUAAAAUUCAUGUAGCGAAAUAAAAAUUAUCGAUUUUGGUGCUCCAGCAAUAUUAAUUAAAGACCAAAAAAAAUUAAAAUUAGAAUGGGAACUUUUUACCAUAUUUCUCCUGAAAUUUUAUUUAGGAAGUCUUAUGAUAAGAAAUGUGAUAUAUGGUUUUUGAUUAUUGUCUUAUAUAUACUUUCAUGUGAGUAUGUGGAUAUCCUCCAUUUUUUUAUAAAUUAGUAAAAGAAACUUUUUAAAAAUUUAAAGUGGGAAAUUCAAAUCCCAUAUAAGUUUUUAUGGAAAUAAAUUAAGACCUAUGUAAAAUUUUGAAGCUGUAUUUGAUAUUGUUGAUUAAAAUUAAUCGAGUAAAGUAGAAUUUAAUGAAAUUAUAGUCACUUUAAUGAAAAAGGAAUAAUUAUUAUCAGAAAAAAUAAAAUAAUAUAAUGGUGGAUAAUUAAUAAAAAUUAAAUGGAAAUAAUGUUUGGUGAUAUGUAAAUCAAUAGAAGGGUCUAGAAUAGAUUAUUAAAUGAUUUUUUGAUU